AGAACAUUGAACAUUUCCUGGGACAUUAGUUAGAGGGUGUUUCUUUCACUUCACCCAAUGUAUCUGGAGGAGGGUGCAGAAAGAAGGUCUGGUGAUGGACUAUAUGGAAGAUGAGGAGGUGAAGAAGCUGGUGAGAAGAGCUGCUGCCCUCCCUCUAGUACCUCGUGACAAAGUGGAUGAUGUGUGGCUUGAUGCCAUUGCUGACUCUCCUGCUUGCCCUAAAGUGACUGCCUUCAUGGACUACGUGACAACCAGUUGGGUUCAAGGAGGGGCCUUCAUGCCAGAGAUUUGGAACCAUUUCGAAAACCAAGGCCACCGUACCAAUAAUCACCUGGAAGGGUGGCACAACAAGAUAAAGAAACUUGCCAAGAAGUGCCACCCGAACAUCUACGAGGUAGUGAAGCUAUUUCAGCGAGAGCAGUCACUCAAAGAAGUUGCAGUCCUGAGACUCUGUAGAUCGCCCAGUGCUCUGCUCAGCUGGUCCGUGUCCUGUCUGAACAAGACCCUGGGUAUUCUUCCCUUCUCCUUCAGAUCUGCGUCUCCGACAGCCUCCACAUCACCGGCCCCACAUCCCUGGUAA